AGAUAUUACCUCACGGGUUUGGGAGCAAUGGGAUGUUUUCGGAGAUAUUACCGACAGCUUGAUUUUUGACGUUUAUCAAUUUUGUCGGUCAUGUCAGUGAAUGUAUUCGUGUUGUUUUGCAAAAAUGUACUUAAAAACUAACGGUCGUAGAAAAAUUAUAAUAUGCAACACCUUUGAUAAUAGUAUAUUAUGCAAAAAGUGUGGUAAACGGCAUUUGAGUGACGAGUUUAUUUGGCACGAGCGGAGCGAGUGUUUAAUAAAGAAGUGACUUUAAAAAAAAAUUCCACUCCCUUCUAUAAAAUACCUAAUUAUACACCGAUCUAGCGUACACUUUACCACAUGCAUUUCUUGUCCAAUGGAUGCGAGCCAGUUCGGACAUUCUCGGGCUAUUACCACGGGUUUGGAAGCAAUCGGGUGUUUUCGGAAAUUUUAUCGCUCGACUUGAAUUAUAACAUUUGUCAAUUCUGACGGUUAGGUCAGUGGAAGUAUUCGUAUUGCAUUGCAUAAAUGUACACAAAAACUAACGGUCCUUGAAAAAGUAUAAUAUGCAACACGUUUGGUAAACUAUUUAAAUCAGUCGUUUACAACACUUGUUGCAUAAUAUACCAUUUUCUACUUCCUUCUGUAAAAUACCUAAUUAUAUACCGAUCUAGCCUGCGGGAAGCGUUUAUUAAAUGCUCGGUACGGUCGUGACUCAAAUGUACUAUUUUCUACUCCCAAUUUCCCCGAAAAGCCGAAAGUUAGUUAAUUUUAUUUUAUUUUAUUUGAUUUGGUUCGGGCAAAGCACAUGCACAAAUACAUUACGCAAAAUCUAAUUUUCGCAGGCGCAAAAUAAUAUGUGAACAACAAUUUUAAUGGAAAAAAAACUAUUUUUUAGGUCAUUAUUAUGAAACCGUGUCAUCUUUAAGCGUUUCAUCCGCAGUGGUAUCCAUAUACCAGCGAAUUUCUUUGUUGACCUAGAAAUCAGCGGGCCCACUCUACCUACUUCACUUUCAUAAAAUGCUUCGGCGGGUUAUAAUGCAUUCUAGCAGCAAAUUAUUCAAAACAAUCGGCCGGUCAGGUAUACGCGGCCAGUUUCCCAAAUGAUGAUUUGCCGGUAACAGGAUUUUUAAACGGAACAAAGGAAUAUGGUUUUGACAAAGAACGUCAAUAAUGUUAUGUACGUCGUGUUUUUAAUUUUGUGCACAUGUAUACCGAAUACAAAACCAGCCCGUUCGUUUAGUUUCCCUGGACCCUUUGCUAAUAGAGACAACCAGCCGGUUUUGAAGCAGUACAGCGGAAGACGAGUCGAAAAUGGUUCCUUCCGGAUGGUAUAUUUUCACGACCAGGCGAUAGCGGUGGUCGAGUUGGGUCCCAAAAAGCUGCUCCUGAAUUGCGAAAUUAUCGAGGUGUACGAACCGGAUCAAUAUCUGAAAGUUCUCGGCGACUUCCAUUCGAUGGCCAGACCUGUUGGCAUUACCUUUCCGGAAAUGCUAACGCUGAUGGACCAAUGCAAAGAACUGGAGGACAUCAAGCACACAACAAAACACGAGGAAGAAACGAAAAAUAGUACUUCCGAGGAUCAGGGCAGGAGUAUAUUAACAAACGAUCCUUUUACGUUGCUGCGAGGAAUCAUACCAGGAACUAAAUGGUGUGGAACAGGAGAUAUUGCCAAAGAUUAUUUCGAUUUAGGUGCAGAAACGAAAGUAGACUCGUGCUGUCGGAACCACGAUCUUUGUCCCGUUAAAAUUCGCGGCAGGUCUCAACGCUACAAUCUGACGAACAACUCGAUAUAUACAAAAUCGCAUUGCAGUUGCGACGAUAAACUUUUUCAUUGUUUGAAAACCCAACAAUCCCCGAUAGCCAAUUUCAUGGGAAAUAUUUAUUUUAACGUGGCCAGAGUCCAAUGUGUGCGCGAUGGGAAAAACGGCAAUCGAAAUUUCGGGAACGUUAAGCAUCGUUUUUAAUUGCAGUUUAACCUAUUCUUAAUGCUCUUUAAAUUGACGUGAAAAAUAUAG